AUGAUACUUCCUUCACAGACCUCGCAGCCUCUAUCUUCGACUUCUACGGUCGAUGCUACUGCGAUCACUUCGAGCAAACUUCUUUCUUCGAUCUCUUCAAAGGGUGGAGCGACCAGUGAGCCCACAAAGGCUACAGAACUACUCGAAUAUUCUGUGUCUAGCCUUGCUAGCUGGGUGGCUUCAAGCUCCGCUCCGGCGGUCAUUGGAGGCAGCAGUCUCGCAUCUCUUUCGUCCACAGACGCGGCCACACCAACCAGUGUCGCAUCUCAACCAGCACGAUCGUCUGCUUCAACAGGAUAUGCCAAUCUGCCAUCGGGUCAGGGCAAUGCAUUAUCUAACACGUCGGCAGCAACACUCUCCGCGUCAGCCCAUCUCGAAAGCAGUGUAAUCAGUUCUUCAUCAACCCCGACUCUCGCCAGUGGUUCACUCCCUCUGGCGAGCAUUACUUCUACAACAGCAUCCUUGGCAGCUUCUAUGAGCUCAGUGAUCCUCGAAGACACUACUUCUCGAACCACAAUUCGGCCGCAACCCAUACCCAUCAAUCCAAUUAACGGCAACAUGACAAGGCCAGCAAGCUCAAUUGCUACGACGUCAGCGCGGACAACUGAGUCGAUAUCUCUGUCGGCACCAGGAAACGGCACCGUCUCCUCCUCCUUGGCUUUCGCAACUACAUACUCAGCGGCAAGCAGCCUCUCUAGUACUGCUAUGAUUUCGUCAUCUUUCGGCUUAUCUGGCUCUUUCACACAAACCUUCAUCGUGUCUACGACUAGUCAGACCCUGAGCACUGCCACAUCCAGUCAGGCGGCGCAGAUCUCAGACGCACCGCUUUGGUUGAGCGACACAACCACUGUACGAUCAACCCCCGCUUUAGGAAUCUCUGCGUCAUCCUCCGUUAACAUGGGGCUUUUACCGUUUCCACUUGAACCUCCGCUUCAAACGGCCCCUACUGGGUGGACGAACAGCUCAACUUCCAGCGCCACUGGCGGAACUCCCACUUCCAGCCCACCAUUGUUUACGGCUAGUAUUGUCAUCAGCUCCCAAGAGACCGGAUCAGGUACCUUGCGCGACAUGUUUACAUUGAGUCCUCUCUUAUCUACCGCCACAUCCGCUAUUCUCUCUAUUCCUACGUCGCUCAGCGGCUUCAUAACCAAGACGAAGACGAGGACUGAGAGCUCGGUACUUAGCUCGAGUAUAAGUUCGAUUGCUACCGAGACAGUGGCCGCCGCAGCUCCACCCUCAAAGCCACUUACCCCAGAGGAGACUGCCGGGGUUGCUAUAGGAAGCACUGCUGGGAUCCUACUUGCUAUAGUCGCCGCGAUCUUCGUCGCUCGUCGCUACCACGCCAUUCAUGCGGCAAAGCGUGGAAGCGGUAACUCGUCGGGUAUCUACCCCAAAGAGGCGUACUUGUACGAUCCUUCACUUGGCGGGAACGGUGGCAGUGGCAGUGCGUCCCAUGACGCACUCAUCUUCAUGUCUGGUGGAGCAAGUGGCUUGCCUUCCACUGGAAGCAGAACACCGCCUCGUGUGCCGAAGAACUCUCGGGAGUACGAUCCUCGCAGUUGGUUUAACAUUGAUGGGCAGAACUACAGUGACCCAGGUAAUCCAUUUGCAGAUCCUGAAGACCCCUUCAUGGACUGGAGAAGUAGUGAUGCAAUUGCCUCGCCCAGUGAAACUGGGUCUGCUCUUGCUGCGGCGGCGGAAAAGUAUGCCGCAGGUCCGCAAAGACCUCUUCCUCCUGUACCGGCGUCUCUGACACCACUCUUUGGCGACCACCACAUUCCUUCGCCAACUCUAAGUCCAAUCAUGAAUGGUUGCAGCUUGAAACGUAGUCAUUCAGUAUCGUCGAGACGAAGCAGUGUCAGGAGCCAAAGGUCAUUGAGGAGCUUUCGUGGCUGUCCUUCGCCAGACUCCGAAUCGAGGAACGUCCCACCAAUAUCUCCUUCCUGGCGUCGGGCGAGCAAGAUCCUAGCAUCUAUUAGAGAGGGACACGCCGACGAUCCUCUUCCGGAUCCAAUCGAACAUGACCUUCUUCUGCCAGUCGAUGUAAGAUCGGAAACGCCAGAUUCAGUGAUGGUAUAUGCACCAGCACCUAUAAGCAGAGCACCGUUGCGACCAAAUCUACCUACAAUACUGUCAGAAGACGAAACGUCCAUGGCUUCACUACCAAGCAUAGCAGCCGCAAAGUCACUAUCAGCUACACAACCUCGAUCAACUGGUAGCAUCCUCUUCUCCACAUACAAAGACGACCAAUACGCCUACACGCCACUCACGCCCAACAACAUCCCAUCACCACCACAUUCCGAACGAGCAGAUAGCGAGAAAACAAUAACCCAGUCCACAUACUUCGUCCAGCCAUCAUCUCCAACCCCAACAAUCACCUCCGUGCCUCGGAACAAAGGCUGGGAAGAGAUAAAACGCACUUCAAACGGUUCAUCCAGUCUCAUGUCAUCACGUCCGCCAACACCACCUUGGCAUCAAUUCACUCCACCACGACCAAAUCUCACCCCUCCGCCUCCUCUCAAGAAACGAUCGCUGAUUCAACUCCGCCGCAAGACACCCUUGGCUGGCCACGGUCAACUCAUGGUUCCGCCUCACAAGACGUACUCCUCUCCUACUUCGUCGCCUUUGACGGUGAAGACGAACUUCAUUGUCAAUUCGAACAAGAGUUUUGAGGGACCGAGAAUGAGUCUUCUUGCCAAAGUGAAUAGCAUGAGCGACAUGAGAGACGAGACAGCGAGUCCGAAGAAGCAUAAGAAAGGCAUUGGACUUGGGAUUGGAUAUCGCGAUUCUAUCUUGUGGAGGGUAGAGGGGGUCUCGAGAUGGUGUCCUGAAGAUGUGGGGACGAAGUUUUGA